ACACGUGAGUUCAUUAUGGAUAUGGAUAAAAGUUAGCUAGCUGGCUAGAGAAUUAGAAGUAGAUUUUAACUACUAUACUGGAGCUAGCUAUAUAACAAUUGGUUUUAGAGAAUGGCUAAAGCAGCAAAUCUCGCGUUGUUUUCACUAAUUUUGCUAAGUUCAUGGACAAGAGCCUUUGGAGAUGCCAUUGUGAAUGGACCAGGCUCAGCGAGAGCUCAACCGGGACAGUGGGCAAACUUCACCUGCACCGUAGAUUGUUCGAGAGAUAUCGACUGGUACGUGGAGGGUUACAGGAGCGAUAUAUCGGAAGAGUGCGUUGAUACGGGCAACAACAUGAUGGUGUGCACUCGGAUCCUGCAAGACUGUAGUACCUCAAUGAGCACCUCAGGGCGUACACAACAAUUGAGUAUCAUGGCUAACACUGACAUCGCGGGACUUAGAAUUGCAGUGCAAUGUGCGGCGAUCUUGGAGAUGUAUGAUCCAGUAUCACCUGAUCCGUGCAACCCGUAUAUUGUGUACUCAAGAUUAGCAUACCUAAAUGUUGACAGUCCACCGACAACACCAGACCCAACACCAGUCGUGUGUCCAACACCAGCAGUAUCACAAGAAACAGUCACACACACAGUCACAGAGAGGGUCACAGAGACAAGUACUGUGACAUUAACAGCAUCUCCAAGCGUGGUGACACACACAGUAGUGGCAUCAGUAAAUGGACCUGAGUGCACACCCACCUCAGCAACGGCCAGCCAUAGCUCGAUAUCUGGCGUGAGAAGACUACACUUCUCUAGUGUACUACGAGAACUGUUCACUUGGUUGUGUACACUACUAACGGGACUGGCCUUUCUAUGACAUCAUCACAAUUAAAGAUUAGAAAUCAAUCUCAUGCAACGUCAAACUGUUUUCUGAUUCACCAUGUUACAAUGUAUUUGCUUUGUCGACUCUAUAAUUAUCUGUUUGUCUGUCUUUCUCUUUUAAUUUGGCACUUUUUUAUAAUACAUUUUUUGUCAACAACAUAAUUAUUGUGCACUUUGUAUUAUCUUGUCACAGCGUAUGAUGCUUCCUGUUCAAUCCUACACUUAGUAAUUUUUGUAAUACAAGGUGCCAUUUUAUUUUACUGAUCAUAAUUAUAAUUGUAUUGUUUGCAAUUGAACACUAUGCUUCUACAUG